AAAAAAAUCAAAAAUUCGAAAUCAGAGCCUUUCUUUCCUCUCUGAAACCCUCGAUCGAAGUCAGACCCCGAAGAACCCUAAAAAGCAUCGAAGAAAAAGUCUUCAAUGGCGUACCAAAUCCUCCAUAAGAACUCCUCCAGACCUUUGCCGGAGUCCUCUUGCUGUGAUGAUCCAUUGAAGACGCUGUCACUUGAAUUAGUGAGAGAUACUCUUGUUCGGAUUGAGGAUUCGAUUGUUUUUGCCCUCAUUGAGAGGGCUAGAUUUCCUCUGAAUUCCCAUGCGUAUGAUGCUUCGUAUUUGGGGAAUCAUAGAGGGCAUGGAGAGAGAUCCAUUGCUGAGGUUUUCGUUAGAGAAACUGAGGUUAUCGAGGCAAAGCUUGGACGGUAUCAAAACCCAGAAGAAAUACCCUUUUUCGCUGAUGACCUGGCAUCUCCAUUUGUGCCAGCUUUUAACUACACUCAGGUUUUGUACCCAGCAGCUGCAUCAGUUAAUGUGAGCAAGGACAUCUGGGACAUGUAUUUCAAAAAACUACUUCCGUUGAUUGCUUCAGAGGGUGAUGAUGGUGAUUAUGUAUCGGCAGCAGCUGCCGAUCUCGUGUGUUUGCAGGUGCUCUCCCGCAGAAUCCAUUAUGGAAGGCAGGUGGCUGAAGUGAAAUUUAGUGAUGCUCCACAAGAUUAUAGUCCUGCAAUUCGAGCUAAGGAUAGGAACUUUUUGAUGAAGUUGUUAACCUUUGAGAGUGUUGAAGAAAUGGUCAAGAAAAGGGUGGAGAAGAAGGCCAAGGUGUUCGGGCAGGAUGUGACCUUAAAUGACAAAAAUAAUAGCACCGAUUUUGACGGUGAGCCCAAAUGUAAGGUCGAUCCGUCAGUGGUUGGGCGACUCUACUCCGAAUGGGUGAUCCCUCUCACCAAGGUUGUUGAAGUUGAGUACCUUCUCCGCCGUCUUGAUUGAUUCUCAUGUUUACUUAUAAAACAGGCUCUCAAGAAUCAGCAAAUCAGUAUAUAUAUAUAUAUAUAUAUAUAUGUAUUCAUCCCGUUCGUUGUCAUAGCCGACAAUGUGUAGAAUUUUAUUCUUGGGAUAAUGAAAUAAAAAUACUCUUGCA